AGAAGCCACCUCUCAGAUUGCGCCGCAUUGCUACGUGGGAAUAUUGUGUCUUUCCGAGACGUGUGUUUAUAUAUAGACUACCUGUCGUCUCUUCUGCAGAUACAUCUUCUUUGUUCCCACCUUCCGCAGCCGUAAUUCUUUGACAGUGCCAACGGCCAAGAAUGUGCUGAUCGCCCUCAAUCCACCACUUUGAUCAUAUAGUUUCAGUAAUGCGUAGAUCUGCUGCCAACGCCUUUUUCCUAGCAGUCUUUGCACUGCUAGGCUCUACACAUGCCGCCGCCGCCUCAAACGUGGCCAUCUGUCCUGUCGAGCCUGGUGCCACAGUGUCCGAUGCGUGCGCCUCGUACGCCGACCUCGAUAAACUCAACGCUCGUCUGAAUCCUGCCCUUCACGACCUCGUGACAGAGACCGACUUCUUUUCCUACUACCGCCUGAACCUAUACAACAAGAAAUGCCCUUUCUGGUCCGAUGAUGAAGGUCUCUGCGGAAACAUUGCUUGUGCUGUCACAACGCUCGAGAACGAAGAAGACAUUCCGGAGAUCUGGAGAGCCGAGGAGCUCAGUAGACUGGAAGGCCCAAAAGCACACCAUCCUGGAAAGAAAGAGCAGAGAGAACUAGAAAGACCGCUUCAAGGAGAACUUGGCGAGAACGUGGGCGAAAGCUGUGUUGUAGAAUACGACGACGAAUGCGACGAAAGAGACUACUGUGUGCCCGAAGAUGAGAGCGCAAGUGCCAAGGGAGACUAUGUCAGUCUGCUUGACAACCCAGAACGCUUUACAGGGUACGCCGGCGAGGGUGCCCACCAGAUCUGGGAGGCCAUCUAUCGCGAAAACUGUUUCUCAAAACCCAGCUCGAGCGAGCAAAGCCUAGGCUCUGUUGCCAUUGGCGGUCCUUUCGCCGGCUUCUCGGGCAUGCAGGGCCAGGCUGCACAAGACCUUAAGUCCGUCAUGAAAGAGCAUGGUCGACAGCAGGCCUCGCAAGUUGGCAAAGUCGAAGACAACAUGGAGUUUGACGAUGAGUGUCUUGAGAAGCGCGUCUUCUACCGUGUCAUCUCUGGGAUGCACGCCUCAAUCUCGACUCACCUGUGCUACGACUACCUCAACCAAUCUACUGGCAAAUGGGGCCCCAACUUGGAGUGUUACAAGCAACGCCUUCAUACCCAUCCCGAGCGCAUCUCGAACCUGUACUUCAACUACGCUCUUAUGGCCAGGGCUGCUGGAAAGCUCAAGGAUUAUGUGCAGGACUAUACUUUCUGUACCGGAGAUCCCAAGCAGGACAAGCGUACCAAGAACAUGGCGCUGAAUGUUGCUAAGACCAUACCCGCUGGCCCUGAGAUCUUCGACGAAAGCGUCAUGUUCCGUGAGAACCCUCUCGGAGAGACUGGUAUUAGCCUCAAGGAGGACUUCCGCAAUCGCUUCCGCAAUGUUAGUCGCAUUAUGGACUGCGUUGGCUGCGACAAGUGCAGACUUUGGGGCAAGCUUCAGACUGCUGGGUAUGGUACAGCGUUGAAGAUCCUGUUCGAAUUCAACAACGAGCAGCCUGCACCCGCUCUGAAAAGAAUCGAGCUUGUCGCCUUUUUCAACACCUUGGACAAGGUCAGCAACGCCAUCAAGGCCCUUGGCGACUUCCAACGCAUGCUGGCUGAAGAGAAAGGAGUUCCUGUCCCGGGAAUAGUUGCCGACGAGAAGCAGCAGGAUGUUACACAGGAGGAAGAAGAACUUGACGAUGAUGCUUGGGAGAAGCCUACUCCCAAACCCAAACUUACCACAUGGCAAGAGACCAAGCAUGAGAUCUAUGUGGUAUGGUCGGUCACAAAGUUCAUCCUCAAGAGCUGGAUUGAGAUUCCUCAGACAAUUUUCAUCGUCCUUAUCACGGAGCUCUGUAGACUAUGGCAACGUUGGCUUGGUCUGGAAAUAACACCACGCUCUUGGGAGUUCCGCUUGCCGACUGUGGAUCAGCUAUAGAAAGCAUCACCAAUAUGAAAAGGGUUACGUCGUUGGUGUUUCAGCAUAUGCAAGUUAUUUUUCAACAUAGCGUUGGCGUUUAUACGGUUUAUGGAAUUGUUUGGGAAGGCUCCGGAUGUACAGAUGUGCCGAGCGGUUGCUAUCACUAUCAAGAUAGAAAUGUAUCGAAGAGCUGCCUAUCGAUAUCACUGUGCGGCCAAACGGUGCGCUACCCUAAUCACUAGAACGCAAUUGUAGAAGGGAGCAAGUCAAGCAGGCAAUGGAUCACA